UUCCUUCAGUCUACGUUCAGAGACGGCGCGCGCAUCUUGCGUGUGCGCUUACCGGUACUCCCGUACUGUGCUGAUAUUGUACCCUAAACGGACAAUAUUGUGACGGGUUGAACGAACUUUGAUUAAAAUGACCAAAUAUUUUUUCGUUAACUUUAACUUUGAGAAUAGCCGUGCCUGACUCAUAUGAGUAUAUGCAGUGAUUAAUUUACACUGACGUUUCACUGGACGAUCGAUCACGCACCCAACCGAUAUUUUGUCGGCGACAUCAGCGACUGAUAAUCGGAGAGACGUCCCUUUUUUCUUGUAAUAAAUUAUUUAUACUCAUUAACUGUGAUGGACGAGUUCAGUCACAUUCUCGGGGAUUACUCAUUUGUGGCAUGACUGUGGGAGGACAAAUUUAAUCCUAAUUAAUUAAUCAGUUUUGACUGAAAGUGUGUGCAAAGAUGGAGACUUUGGUGCUAAUACCCCAAGAACUGAGCUUGGCUUUGAGGCCUGGUGGUGCCAGAGGAAGGGAGGCAUCAGUGAAUGUUUGGACAUCACAAGAGCUGCCGAAGGGAUCCCUUUUAUACCCUUUUCAAGGAACUAUAAGAAUCGACAAGCUUCACGUGUACUCCUACGUUCCAGACCACGACGUCCGCCAUCGAUUUGGUCUGUUUGACGAAGUAUGUACUUCGGGAGGCGUACAAGUCCGGCAUUGCAAUUGGGUUAGAUUUCUACGAGUCUCUGAGAAUUAUGGCCCACAAGUAAACCUAGUCUGCACAAAAGUAAAGGGCGAACCUGUCUACGAAGCAGUGAAGCCAAUAUCAGCCCACACAGAACUGGUGGUAUAUUGUCUACCUGAAAGACCUGAGGAGCUAUUCUUUGUGAGGAUGAGGAAUAACCUUUACAGACAAACGAUGGACUCCAUUCUAGAAGAUUCACCAUUAGACCUCUCAACGUCGCUCCUAUCAAGAGUACUAUUACCAAUAUCACCACCCUCUGGUCCUGACGAUGAGCACAAGUCAGUUUCUGGUGAUUCGCUUGCAUCAUCAUCCGCUGGAUCAUCAAGUGAGCUAUUAGACAUGACACCGAAAGUCCAAAGAAAACCAGCGAAGUCUGAAAGAGCAUUACUACCUUGUGAAGUGUGCGGGAAAGCAUUCGAUAGACCUUCAUUAUUAAAAAGACAUAUGAGAACACAUACAGGUGAAAAACCACAUGUAUGUAUGGUAUGCAAUAAAGGGUUCAGCACUUCAAGCAGUCUUAAUACUCAUAGAAGAAUACAUUCUGGAGAGAAGCCACAUCAGUGCCAGCAUUGUGGGAAGAGAUUCACAGCUAGUUCAAACUUGUAUUAUCAUCGAAUGACACACAUAAAGGAGAAACCACACAAAUGCAGCCUCUGUUCCAAGUCUUUCCCUACACCUGGAGACCUGAAGUCGCACAUGUAUGUGCACAGCGGUUCUUGGCCUUACAAGUGCCACAUAUGCUCUAGAGGUUUCUCCAAACAUACCAAUCUGAAGAACCAUCUCUUUUUGCAUACUGCAAAACACCAGAGAAGCGGCACUAGAGAAGCAACUUGAGCACGUACUGAAAUCUUAUAAUAAAAUAGUUACACUCUAGAUGUGCCUAAACAUUACAAUUUACAAUCAUGAUAUAUAAAUAUGUAUGGUAGGUAUGUACUCGUACGUGAAGUUUGUGAACACCGACCGUGGACACUAAAUCCGCCCAAAUAAGUGUUGAAUCACGCGUGAUGUAGAAUUAGUUCUGUACCUACUAUACCUUGAUGAAUAUCAAAAGAGCGCGACUUAAAUGCACAUACUCUUUAUUAUUAAAGAGGAUAUUUUUCGACGAUCGCUUAAAUACUAUGUAACAGAUUACCUUUCAAACAAAUUCCAUUGAUUGUAUUUAGUAAGCACAUUUGUAAAUUUAAUGAAUAUACAUUUUAUAGAUCCCGCGGAAAAACCCGAGAAAACGAGUGAAUUGUGACUUGCAAACUUAGCAUAAAACCCGAGAAAAUGAGUAAAUUGUGAUUUGCAAACUUGGACUUGUUAUUGGGUUAUUUUCAAAUUUGGGCUAAAUGACCCUAAAAUGGACUUUAGGAAUUAGGUACACAUUUUGAUUGAAUGACUUAUUUAAUAUAAGUGUACCAGACAAUUAUCAGCGGUGGCAGCAUGGUUCCAUUUUUGUCACUUGUCACUAUGCCCGUCACUUUUGCCCUUACAUACCUACUUGUUAGAAUGUGACAGACAUGGUGACAAAAGAUAAAGAGCCGACCAUCUUACUCCUACAGUAGGGCUAUGAUGGCCGGCUCUUUAUCAUUUGUCACCAUGCCUGUCACGUUCAAACAGGUAUGUAAGGUCGAAAGUGACAGGCAUAGUGACAAGUGAUAAAAAUGGAACCAUGCUGCCACCGCAGGUUGUUUGAAUUAGGUUAAGUUUGUACAUGAAUAGCUACAAUUGUGAUAUUAUUUUAUAGUUAAUUUUAAGUGUUAAUUUAUUAUUUUUAUGUAUUCGUGAAUGGUACUUUAAAAAAAAAAUAAGUAAUUGACAAGUGGGAUAAAUAAUCAAUUCAAUUUUCAAAUAAUUAUGUAAGUAGGUAUUUAUUCAUACUACGGAUUUCAAUUGACUGUUAAAAUGCCAAUAGUACCUAUGUAUUACUUACGAUAUUUUUCGACUGUUAUUUAUUUAUAUUAUAAUAAGGGUGAUCACAGUGAUAUUUGUCAAAAUUUCAAUCAACUAGAUUUACCAGAUGUUUAUUGUAUUUAGUUUUCUGGUGAGUUUUAUAUAAUCGUAGCAACUAUAUUUGCUAACUGGUAGGUACCUAAUAGUUCAUCUUAGGAUAUAAUAUUAAAAAAAAAACCUACAUAGUGUUAUGUAGACUGCACUUAUAAUAUACUUACAUUGAGUAAGUAUAUUGUGAUUCUUAAAUCCGUCCACCUUGUAAAUAAUAUAUUUAAGAAAACCUUUAUUUAUAUUUUGGUGAAAUAAGUAUUCGAGUAAUAAAAUAUUUUUAAAUUA